UGCCGCACCUGCGCAGCCAUCUUGUACUUCUCCUGCGGCCAGAGAGGAAGGAAGAAAAGCAAGGAUAAAAUAACCCUGCUGUUAUUCAGUAUAGUAAUGUCCGGGUAAGUGAAAGGAGCUGAUAGAAAGGCAGUGUGCAACGCGACAGCAGCGGAGGGGAAACAGAGACACAGCAGAGUUCGCCACAGUGCCUCACAAUUACAGACAGAGGAAUUAUCUGUUCUCUGGGAGUGAAAAGAGGAAGGAAGAGUGUCAGUCAGAUUUCCACCUAAAAAAAAAAAGACUCGCCGGCCUUCACCCAUCAUGAAUCCUGAAUAUGACUACUUGUUCAAACUGCUCCUCAUUGGUGACUCUGGAGUGGGCAAGUCAUGUCUUCUGUUGAGAUUUGCAGAUGACACGUACACAGAGAGCUACAUCAGCACCAUUGGAGUGGACUUCAAGAUUCGCACCAUUGAACUGGAUGGCAAAACUAUUAAGCUUCAGAUUUGGGAUACUGCUGGACAGGAAAGGUUUCGCACCAUUACUUCUAGUUACUACAGAGGAGCCCAUGGCAUCAUUGUGGUGUAUGAUGUAACUGAUCAGGAAUCUUACAACAAUGUAAAGCAGUGGCUGCAGGAGAUUGAUCGCUACGCAAGUGAGAAUGUCAACAAGCUGCUGGUUGGGAACAAGUGCGACCUCACCACUAAGAAAGUUGUGGACUACACAACAGCCAAAGAAUUUGCUGACUCUCUUGCCAUCCCAUUCCUCGAAACGAGUGCUAAGAAUGCCACCAACGUGGAGCAGGCCUUCAUGACCAUGGCUGCUGAGAUCAAGAAACGCAUGGGACCGGGAGCUACGGCUGGAGGUGACAAGCCCAACCUGAAGAUUGAGAGCACUCCAGUUCGACAGUCUGGUGGUGGCUGCUGUUGAAGAGCCUCUCUCUCACACGCACGUGCGCGCACAUACACACACACGCCCUCUCUGCCCUCACAUACACACGCGCGUGCACACACUCUUGCAUACAUCUAGGAGCAUAAGAACAGAAGGUGAAGAUGUUCUAACAUUCUCAUGGGAGUAACCACUGCGUUUGAAGCCAAAUUUUGAGGUUUAACUUUCUUUUGGCUUCCUUGCAAGGAGUUUUGUAGCUUCCUCUGAGAUCCUGGUCCUCUCCUUGGUUUUAUACUCCUAGACACUCUCUCUCUCUCUCUCUCUCUCUCUCAACCUUUGUCUUCUCAAACCUUGACCUAUUUUAGUCUCGCCUGCAUUUAGUUUCCACCCAUAACCCCAACCCUCAACAGACAGUGAUUUCUGGGUCCUUAGAAAGCUUCCUGUCUUAUGACUGACAGGUGCAUGUUCAGGAUAGAAAGUUAAUUGGCUUUUGGAGGACACCCUAUUUAUUAUAUGCAGAGCUGAGGGAUGUGAGUGAGGUGGGACGGUCACGACGAACAUGAUUACAUUCACAGAUCCAACACACAAACCCUUGUACACUUGUGGAGGUUUCUUUGGUUGCUGAGUGUAUAAAGAAUGAAAGACAAAAAAUUUGGCAAUAUUAUAGAUUUCAUAUUCUGAUCUUACUAGGGUUAUUAAUUUUAAGAUUUAUUGUAGGUUUUUUUUUUUUCUUUCUUCUCCCUAGUCAUAUUAUUCUACGAAGGCUUACUGCUGUAAAAUGAAGGUGUUUAGCGGGGAGGGGUGAAAAGCUUGAUGUCUGGGUUUAGGCUGAAUGACUAAAGCUACUGUUCCCUGUUACCUCAUUUAGCUCCUCCCCUGUCAUUUGUUUUCAGUGUAUUCAGGAGCAGGACAAAAAGUUAAAUCUAGACUGGAACUGAAAAUCCUAGUGGUGGCACAAUUUUCUCUUCUGUAUUUUAAGUGAAAGUCAGCUGUUGUCCUUUGUCACUGGAUGCUCCAUGUAGUAAGGCAGUGAUUUGUAUGUAAAAAUUCAUGCAAGCUUUUUGCAGAGUAGUUUGUUUUUGGAUUGCCAGUUGAAGGCCCCCCCCCCCCCCCCCCCCCCCCAAUAUUAAGUUUUCCUGGUGUGAUGGCUUUCAUUCCAUCACAUAUUCCACUCUGUAAGCCAAUCUGUCUUUUGGCAAGAUCACUGUAGCUUUUGGGUUUCAUUUUGUCCAAGAUGUCUUAGGUUUGAUGUGCUUUGACAGCAUUUUGAGGAGUUGGUCUUCUACAGAAUCUGUAUAGGUGUUGCGCAUGGUCCAGUGUACCAGCUCUGUCUCGGACACAACCCAUCAUACCUGCAAAACUAUGCGGUUUAGAAACGUCUUUUGUAUGUGUACACAGUGUAAGCAUACAUGGAGAGGGAUUUAAUUUGAAGUGUCCAUGAAGGUGUUACAUUAGUUGGCUGGCUGUGCUGUGUCCUAUCAAGCUGGAGGAUGUUGGGACUGACUGGUCUUGGCUUACCGACCGGAUAUGAUCUCCCAUAUUCUCCAAAAAGAAAAAGUGCAACACUCAUGUUUGUCCCUUUGUGCAUUAGGCCUGAAAUAAACCUUAUAGUAAUUCACAGGACCUUUCUAUAUUUAGUCAAGACCAGUACAAAAAUAUCGUCUCCCCAAAAUGUAUUUUUGGCAGUAUGAGUUAAAUAUAGGUUAUCAAAUUAAAGCCCCUCUACCCCAUUCGGUGUAAUUUCAACUUCAUAUGAUGUCCCUUUACUGAAUAUUUUAGAUUCAGAGCCCCUGGGCAGUGACGGCCUCUGGUGGGCAGCAGACGGCUGGGUUUUUUUUUUUUUUUUGGGUGGGGUUGGGGGGACACAGAUGCAGUUUGUAGAGUUCACUGUUUAAGUGUUGACCUCUUCUUCUUAAAUGAGUUGCACCAGUGUCUUUCAUAUUGUAAUAUUAGAUUACUAAUAAACUGAGCCAUUUAAAAUUGCUUUUAAUGCCACUUUAGCCAUUGCUAACAGGUUUUUUUUUGGGGGGGGGGGGGUUAAAGACUGUUUAAUAAAUGAUGGGAUUGGUGGAAUGGGGGUAGAGGGAGCAGUAGCAGGUUGGUGGGGGCUGUACAGGAUGGGGUUGGGUUUACUGUAUUUAGGAACAUUCCUUCAAUUUCAAUUGUGAUGUCUGCAAAAGAAAAUGUACGUCUCACUUCAGAUCUGUACUCCAUCACACAUUAAAUGAGUGCACCCUGUUUGACAUGUUCAGAAUGGUUGUUUUUUUUUUUUUUUUCUCCCCCCCGGCCCAUGAGGCUUACUGUUCUACUGAUUUUAACCUAUGAAUCGAGCUAUUAUGUUGUGAUGCUGUGUGUCUGAUUACUGGAUGUGGGCCUAGGGGCAAUAUUGUAGAGGGGUGGGAUAUUAAGAGUGGGGAGGGCUACUUCUGAAUGUGAUGGAAUUUUGCUGCGUGUUUUUUUUUUUUUGCUUUUACUUUUUAACUUUAUUCUCUCUCUCUGUCAUUUGCACAUCUUUAUGUUGCUUUGGGUGAGGCAUGAUGAAGGCACGGGCGACAAUUGUAGCGAGCACCAGGCUAGUAGUUCUUCCCCUCUCCCUCUGGUGCUCUCUUUCAUAGCUCGGUUUGAUCAUGUUUUUCUUCUUUCUGUACAUAUUUAUUAUUAUAAAUAUAUAUAAUAAAAUGAUCAGUGUCUUAA